AUGCAUUUGGCUAUUAUUCGUCUUGUCAUCAUCUUAGGCAUCGCUCUGGCAGUAUGCGAGGCUGGCCAUGUUCUAUGUCUUCAAAGACAACCUAUUCUUACGUGUGAAUCAAUGAGCUGCCCUGUGAUUAGCGAUGCUAUCACUAGUAAGCACUAUCCAUGUGAUUGCUUUGAAAUCGAGAUAGUUUCGGGUAAAAAGAGAAAAUGGUAUAAGAUCGAGUUACCCAAUGGAAAUCAUGGCUAUGUAACCGAUACCAACUGUUCGGGCAACGUUCCACAAUGUUAA